AUGAACUAUUCGGCAAGUUCGACGUAUUCGUGGGACAGUACGUUAUCGUGCGCUGUGUUAGUUAAGCAAGAACCGGUAGACGACGAGGAGGACGAUGAGGACACCUACGAGGAGAGGGUUAGGGUCGAUACCGCGGAUCCGUUACAGUUAAGGCUCGUCGAUAGGAAUUCCACAACGCUAACGCCACCUUCGAGUCCGGAAUCCGGGCAGGGCCAUAGCAACGGUAGUUCGAGUGCGGGCGAACUGGACGUUUUACGAAUGGGGGGUGUUCCACGAAAUACGAUUGUGCGAGUACGUGCAUCGGGACUUACCAGAUACAUUUCAGUGGUACCUCGGGCGGCGGCACCGUCGCCCGCAUCGCCGGCGGCGCCGACGGGCGCGAAACACGCAAGAAUCGACCAUUCCCCCGACUCGAAAAGGAGGAUACACAAGUGCCAAUUUCUCGGAUGUAAAAAGGUCUACACGAAAAGUUCGCAUCUUAAAGCACACCAAAGGACACAUACAGAUCGUAUCGGGGAAGUGUUGCCAGUCGCACCCGAGAUUGCAGUUUUUUUAGUCGACUGCGAUUUAGUAGCAUCUACCAUCGUCCCCUAA